AUGGCUGCAGGGAUGUGGAAAUGGCCUAUAGCCUGGUAUGACCUGUUUCCGGUACUUAUAAACUUGCCUCCCCCAACAAUUAAUGUUUAUAAAGAUGAUACACUUGUUUCGCGUGAUAUUAGCGGGAAUGAGAAUAAUUUCUCGUCCUUGAUUGUUUGGGAGACUAUUCGAUGGAGACAGGAUGAAGUCUCGUGGGUUCACUUGGUAUGGUUUGCUCAUAGUAUCCCUGGACAUGCGUUUCACUUAUGGCUGAUUAUGAGGCGGAAACUUAAAACGCAUGACAGGCUAAAACAGUGGGAUGUUGGAGGACCUGUUAACCUUAACCUUCUUUGUUGUUCAUUAUGUUACAGGGGUCCGGAUUCGCACGAGCAUUUUUUUGAAUGCCUUUAUUCUGAGCAGGUGUGGAAUAUGUUUAAACCACUUGCAUGCAUGGAUAACGUCUCAUGUAGAUGGAAUGAUAUCAUUGAGUGGAUGAAGCCGUAUGCACGAAGUAUAUCUGCCAAGAGAAUCAUUGGGAAAAUUACGCUGGCUGCUGUGGCAUACUUCAUUUGGCAGGAAAGGAAUUGA